AUGCGUCUUUCUGCCGUGAUCCUCCUAGCUACCAUCAGCCUCGCAUCGGCGACGACUUGCCCGUCGGUGCCCAAUGCCGACUUCACUCAAGUGAGCGGCCCGGCGGUUGAUGGGAUGUGCCCAAUUGGCUUCGUGUGCAUCAGUCAUCCACGUGACGGGAACGUCUGCUACUCGGACCGCUCUAUUGGACCGUGCGUCGGCAACCAGUGUCCGACCCCCUAUACUUGCGUCGUCUUGAACGGCAUGAACAAUUGCUACGAUCUGUCCGGUGGCAACAGCUGCAUAGACAAAGAUCCAAACUGCCCACUGUACCUCAAGAACGGCUACUGCCGUUCCAAGCUCUAUACCGCGGCUGAGAAGAAGGCAUCGUGCUGCGCGACAUGCGCAUUCAACACUGCUUGUCAGGAUGCGGACCCCAACUGCCCGCUGUACGAGAAGAACAGCAAGUACUGCAACAGCACCACGUCCACCGAACUUCAAAAAGUCAACUUUUGCAGGAAGACCUGUGGCGUCUGC